UAGCUCAGAAGAACUGAAGGUUCAGUGGGCGUCCUCCGAUGCCACGACAGAGCCAGCUUCCUCUUUUACACCCAUGAACUCCAGAGCGGAUGUCAGCGAGCAACCAGCCUCUGGAGGACAAAGGCCAGUCCUACUGCUCAUCACAUCGGGUGCCUGAGUUGUCAUCAUGAAUUUCCUCAGAAGACGCCUCUCAGACAGCAGCUUCGUGGCUAACCUGCCCAACGGCUACAUGAUGGACCUGCAGCGGCCUGAGAGCCCCACCAGCUCUCCCGUUUCCCCGGCGACAGAGCGCAAGCAGCAGCAGCCGGCAGCAUCAGCUCCGCCCACUGGGGGCGGCUUUCUCAGCUCCCUGUCCAAUGCGGUGAAGCAGAGCACACAUGGCGUGGCCGGACAGGCGGAGCCGCCAGUGAACACCACACCAAUCGUACACAAACCCAAGAUCCUGCUGGUCAUCGAUGACAUGCACACGGACUGGGCCAAGUACUUUCGAGGGAAGAAACUGAACGGGGAAUAUGAGAUAAGAGUGGAACAGGCGGAGUUCUCUGAGAUUAACCUGGCUGCCUAUGUGAACGGGGGUUGUAUGGUAGACAUGCAGCUUGUCAGGAAUGGCACUAAAGUGGUCAGGUCUUUCAAGCCUGACCUGGUCCUGGUUCGCCAGCAUGCUUACAGCAUGGCCCAGGGAGAAGACUUCCGCAGCCUCAUCAUCGGGCUGCAGUAUGGGGGAGUUCCGGGGCUCAACUCCCUGCACUCCAUCUACAACUUCUGCAGCAAACCCUGGGUGUUUUCCCAGCUGAUAAAGAUCUUCCAAUCCCAGGGCCCGGAAAAAUUCCCUCUCACUGAGCAGACAUUCUUCCCCAAUCACAAGGAGAUGCUCACAGCGACGACCUUUCCUGUAGUGGUUAAGCUUGGUCACGCUCACGCCGGUAUGGGCAAGGUGAAGGUGGAGAGUCAUUAUGAUUUCCAAGAUAUAGCCAGCGUGGUGGCUCUGGCAAAAACCUACGCUACCACUGAGCCUUACAUCGACUCCAAGUACGACGUCAGGAUCCAGAAGAUAGGCAGCAAUUACAAAGCCUACAUGAGAACCUCCAUUUCCGGCAACUGGAAGGCGAACACAGGAUCUGCAAUGCUGGAGCAGAUCGCCAUGUCUGAUCGAUACCGCAUGUGGGCAGAUUCCUGCGCUGAGAUGUUCGGGGGUCUGGACAUCUGUGCAGUGAAGGCAGUCCACGGCAAAGAUGGGAAAGACUACAUCAUUGAGGUGAUGGACAGCUCCAUGCCGCUGAUUGGAGAGCAUGUGGAGGAGGAUCGACUGCUCAUAGCAGACCUGGUUAUAACUAAAAUGACUCAGCUUGUCACAGGCACCCACCCGCCUCAGCCACCUCUUGCAUCUUCACAGCCCCAGCAGAUUCAGCCCCAGCCAAUGAAGGCCCAAACCCAGCCUCAGCCAGGCCCAGGAGCUCAGCCCAAGCCAGCUACACAAGGUGGCCCUCGUCCAGCGUUGGGGCCCCAGGGGUCUCAGCUCCAGAACCCCCAGCAGCAGAGCACCUCCCAGCCACAGAAAUCACCGGGCUCCCCCCAGCAAGCCAGGUCUGCCGGCACCUCCCCCAACCAGGCCUUCAAGCCAGGUGCUUUUCCACCGCAGCAACCCAGGCCAGCUGCACAGGGGCAGGGGCAGCCAGGACCCGGCACAGCUCAGAGACAGACCCCACAGUUAAAUAAGUCUCAGUCUCUGACGAAUUCCUUCAGUGUCUCUGAAACGCCCCAGCGUGGGAACAGGAACGAGGACGAGGCCAAGGCAGAGACCAUCCGCAGCCUGAGGCAGUCCUUCGCCAGCCUCUUCUCCGAUUAACUCACCCCCUCCCCGAGGAACCCUUGAGAGAGCCACGGAGCCGGGAACCUCCCGACACCCAACGGGGGGCAGCGAUUCACUGCGUCCCUCGAUUUGAAACUGCUUCUCAACACAGACUGGGGUCCGCGCUCGGCAGAAUCCUGUGGGGCUCUGGAAGGGAGCUGAAUUCACUAAAGCAUUUGCUCAGUGGGAAGCUUUGCUGCACCUGUUUGUUAAUAAAGAAAUAAAACGUGAUAAUGUUGCAAACCUGAUAGCCAUCUACUUGAAUUACAGCACUCUACAGUUUAAAAUACAUUUGAGAAUGACUCAAGUAUCACAAGGAAACUGACCAUUUGGAUUACCAGAUCCAACCUGUCGGUACAUUUGAAACCCUGUUUCGUGCACCUCAUUGCAAAAAUAAGAAAGUUAGCAUUGUUUUAUUUGUGGGACACAUACAGUAUGUCCCUUGUAUGUUGAAGGGUUAACCCUGGUACAACCCCUUCGGUCCGUGUCUAUAAUUGCACCAUGCUGACUUUCCUAUCUAUGCUAAACUUUAUAAUGCACACUCUUAUGUGUUGGCAAGGCAACUUAUUAUCAUUCUAAAAAUUCAACAAAAUUGUGUUGGAAGAUUAACUAAUAAUAAUAAAAAUACAGUCCAGGUUUACAAGUUUCUCGGUGGCGGUGUUAAGAUCUGCCGCUGUUUUAGAUCAUUAAAAUAGACCCCUGCCUGUUAAUAUAACGUAAUUUGUUGUUUUGUAACAUUACCAAGUUUUGUUGUUGUUGUUGUUGUUGUUUUAUAUGAAACGCUGGUGGAUUUGGCUCAUUGUCCUGGUCUGCUUUUAACAUUCCCUUCUUUCAUGAAGGAGCUGUUUUAUGUCUAUAGUUGUUAGUUCACUGUGCACUUUGCUAAACUAGUUGAAUGUUACACUAAUGAUUUAUUUAUGAAACCCUUGCUAGCAACUGGUCCUGGUGACCAACUUCCUCUGUAGACCAUGUGACCUACAGCACAGGAAGUCACACUGUACUGUACCAUGAAGCAACAUAUACUUAACCAUAGUGUUGUACUAUCUCAAGAUCUUUAUCACAGUGCUACAGCUAAUAAAAUUUGAACAAAAUGAUUUCCAAAGCCUUAGUUAGCACGCCUUUAAUAUAACUCAUCUGAAACUGUAGUGUUUUUACUGUUACUUUUCUGAGCUGUAUGUUCAUGUUUCUUUUCCUCACCAGUACAUUUAGUGUGUCACAUUGUCUUCACGGUUUGAUGUUUGUUAUUUAAACUUUUUCUCCUCACUGCUGCUGUUAAACUGAAAGUGUCUAAAAGAAUGUGUGGCUGGUGAAUUUAUGAGCCAAAAAAAAAAAACGUACAGCAGAAGUAUAAAGUUAUUCCAAGUAAUUUUGCUAUACAAGAAUGGUGUCUGAAGAAAACGUUUAAAAAGCCAGUAGAAGUUUGACUGAAAAUGUUUUCCAGCUGCGGAAAAUCAAUGAUUCAUCUACUUUGGGAACCGAUUGUCUGAGCUGCUCUUGUCUGCAGAAGAAUCAAAAUCAUUACCUUUUUUUUUUAAUCUCUAAUCUUAUGCUUUUACUCCACUAAGUGCUGGUAAGUGGCUGGCAAACAGUUGAAUUGCUGCUUGUUGAAGUGUAGUGGAUAUUCAAGAGUCGUAAUUUACGUUGUAAAAAAAAUUGCAAAGGCCCAACAGUAAAUUCUGUGAAAUUAGGAGACUGCACAAAGAAAUGACAGCAACUGUAGGACACAUACCAGCAAUAAAUGCAAUAGGCUGUCCUCUAAAAUACCAGGUCAAAUGAAGGGAAUAUCAAUGUGUUUAUCACCUGUGAGAUUAUGUACUUCUGCCACUCUGACUAAACUAAUAAUUGUUCAGUACAAAUACCAUACUACAGUCUUUUUAAUCAUUCAUUAAGUUGCAGUGGACCAAAUUACAAAGCGUGUGUUUUGAUUUGAAUUCUGCAUGGUUUUGUUUCUUUAUUUAAAAAGCUGUGUUGUGUUAUUAGUGUGGCAUGUUUACAGAAUCUUGUUGUGUACCUGAUGCUUCAUAAAGACUAGCUGCUAAAUGUUUGAUCUCUUUUUGUGAUUCAGUAAAUGUCGACUUGUGUCAUUUGUUACUGACGGAUCUUAAUUUUGAAUAAAAAAACGAAUCGGUGUGAUUGUACAGGA